AUGUCCAAGGUAGCCAAGUAUCGCCGGCAGGUGAGCGAGGACCCCGACAUCGACAGCCUGCUGUCCACCCUGUCUCCUGAGGAGAUGGCGGAGCUGGAGAAGGAGCUGGACGUGGUGGACCCAGAUGGGAGCGUCCCCGUGGGGCUGCGCCAGAGGAACCAGACGGAGAAGCCAUCCACGGGCGCGUACAACCGGGAAGCCAUGCUCAACUUCUGUGAAAAGGAGACCAAGAAACUUAUCCAGAGGGAGAUGUCCAUAGAGGGGAGUGGGCAAGUGGAGGCCAAGACAGACGCCAAGAAGGGAGAGGAAAGGGGCAGAGAUGCCAGCAAAAAGCCCCCGGGCCCCAGACGGGACUCAGGCCUGGGCAAGGAGCCAAAGAGGGGCGGUUUGAAGAAAAGCUUCUCAAGAGACAAGGACGAAGCUGAGUGCAAAGGCUCAGAGAGGCCCGAGGAAGAGAAGCUCGUCAGGGGCCUCGAGAAGGGCCGGGUCAGGGCCGCGGUGGACAAGAAGGAGGCCGGGAGGGAGGGGCGGGCGCAGGAGGGGACGGCAGCCCCCAGGAAGGACGAGGAGCGGCGGGGCAGUGCGAGCGGAGACAAGGGGAAGAAGGGAGAGGGGAGGAAGGAAGCGAGCCAGAGAGGGGGGCCCGAGAAGGCGAAGGGGCAGGGGAAGGGCACGGACGCCCGGCCGGAGGGCCACGAGGUGGAGAGAGGGAGCAGGGACGGGGGUGCCCGGCCGGAGGACGAGAGGGCCAGAAAGGAGGAGCCCCGCCGUGCAGAGGCCCCCCGCGAAGAGCCCGAGCGCCCAGCGCCAGAGAGAUCAGCCCCUGGAGCCCCCGCCGACGGGCCCGCCCAGGCUGAGGAGGAGGCGGCCCCCAGCGUCUUUGACGAGCCCCUGGAGCGGGUGAAGAGCAACGACCCGGAGGUGACCGAGCUCAACGUGAACAACUCGGACUGCAUCACCACCGAGAUCCUGGUGCGCUUCGCAGAGGCGCUGGAGUUCAACACGGCCGUCAAGGUCUUCGCCUUGGCCAACACGCGGGCGGAUGACCACGUGGCGUUCGCCAUCGCCGUCAUGCUGAGGGCCAACAAGACCAUCACCAGCCUGAACCUGGACUCCAACCGCAUCACCGGCAAGGGCAUCCUGGCCAUCUUCCGGGCCCUCCUGCAGAACAGCUCGCUGACCGAGCUCCGCUUCCACAAUCAGCGCCACAUCUGUGGCGGCAAGACCGAGAUGGAGAUGGCCAAGCUGCUCAAGGAGAACACCACGCUGCUCAAGCUGGGCUACCACUUCGAGCUGGCCGGGCCCCGCAUGACCGUCACCAACCUGCUCAGCCGCAACAUGGACCGGCAGCGGCAGAAGCGGCUGCAGGAGCGCCGGCAGGCGCGGGAGCCCGGCGGGGCCGAGGCGCUGCUGGACGUGCCCCGGGCCGGGGCCCCCGCCCGGGACUCCCCCAGACCCUCCCCGCAGCCGUCCCCCAGGGCCGCUCCCAGGACCUCGCCGGGGAAAGGGGGCGCCCCGGCCGCGCCCCCGCCGCCGCCGCCGCCCCUGGCCCCCCCGCUCCUCAUGGAGACACUGAAGAACUCGCUCUCGCCGGCCACCCAGCGGAAGAUGGGCGACAAGGUCCUCCCCGCCCAGGAGAACUCCCGGGACCAGCUGCUGGCCGCCAUCCGCUCCAGCAACGUCAAGCAGCUCAAGAAGGUGGAGGUGCCCAAGCUGCUGCAGUAG